GUCUGUGAAUGCAUGACCUUAUUCAUUAAAAACAAAAUAGAAACAAAACUACUUUAUUUAGCUAAAUAGAUCUAGAUCCACACUAGAACCUAGAUCUAUUUACUUGAAGUUUAUGAAAAAGUGUAGAGGAUAAACGCAUGCUAGAUUUUUGUUAGAGACGAGGGAAAUAAGGAAAUUUGACUUCUUCCUAGACAGUCUGAGAAGUAAAAAUAACCAUGCUGCGAUUCCGAUAUCAGCCACAUCCCAGGAAAAUGGCAGUAUAUCCGAAUGCUGGUCAAGGUGAGAGGCUGCAGCGGCUUAGAGAAAUCGUAACAGGGCUUUUCCGUUAUGAGAGAUUGGAGCUGAAUUAUAACCACGCUGAUGAGGCCAGACAAUAUGCAGAGAGGCUAAUCCUCCUGGCUUUGAGAAAUGGUGACAAACACAAAGAGACCAUGGAGCUGGCAGACUAUUGGCUACUUGAAAAGGACUUGGUUCAUAAACUAUUCAAAGUGUUGGUACCACGUUUCCAGAAGUUCAAAGGUUGCUUCACUGACCUACACAAGUUGGCCUUAGAGUAUCCUGGGACUGGUGCACCUACCGGACUUUUAGAACUAAGAGGUAACCCAUGGCCGCCAGUGAUCCCACGUCAGCGAGAUUUUAAAUACACGCUUUCUAAUAUGUUGUUAGCCGCAGCUAGACAAGACUUUUACCAAAGCAGACAAGAGAAAAUCUCACAGACAAAAAGUGCUGCCUCCUUGAAAUCUACACAAGAGGAUGAAACAAAAUCUUCAUCUGUAGACCCAGUGUUACCUUCAUCAAAAAGUGACAGUGUGUCACAGACAAGCCAAACAGAGUCAGCUCCUAAUAGGUAGCAAUGAGUUUGAAAGCUUCAUUUCACAUUAUUCAGAUUUCAAUUGACCUGUUAUGAGUUUUUGAAUUUUUUUGGAAUAAACUUGGUCACUUUCUCAGUUUA